CGUCAUCGCCCUCUUCUUCGUCUCGCACUGGAAUGAUUUCCGUCGAAAGGUUGUAAAGAACUAUUAAAGGGAAGAAAUUUAGGUUAUUAUAAAGUCAGGCCUUCUGAGUUCUUCGCGAGUUCUUUGAAGAAUGGCGGUGAGCGGUGGCGGUGGAGGUGGGACGACGGAGGAAUCGGAGGAGCAACAAAAGCGUUCGGAGAUCUACACAUACGAGGCGCCCUGGCACAUCUAUGCCAUGAAUUGGAGCGUUCGGCGUGACAAGAAGUACCGGCUUGCCAUCGCUAGCCUCCUCGAGCAGUACACGAAUCGCGUGGAGAUCGUGCAACUAGACGACUCCACGGGGGAGAUCCGUUCGGACCCCAAUCUCUGCUUCGAUCAUUCGUAUCCUCCCACCAAGACCAUGUUCGUCCCUGAUCGAGACUGCCUCCGGCCGGACCUCCUCGCUACUUCUGCCGACUUCCUCCGUAUCUGGCGGAUUGCCGAUGAUUCUUCAUGCGUAGAGCUUAAGUCUAUCCUUAAUGGUAACAAAAACUCUGAGUUCUGCGGUCCUCUCACCUCUUUCGAUUGGAACGAGACCGAGCCCCGCCGCAUCGGGACUUCCUCUAUCGACACGACAUGUACCAUCUGGGACAUCGAGAGGGAAGCCGUCGACACGCAGCUCAUCGCACACGACAAGGAGGUCUAUGAUAUUGCUUGGGGCGGCGUCGGCGUUUUCGCCUCCGUUUCUGCUGAUGGUUCAGUGCGCGUCUUUGACCUCCGUGAUAAGGAGCACUCAACCAUUAUCUAUGAGUCCUCUGAUCCCCCGGACACCCCACUCGUUCGCCUUGGUUGGAAUAAGCAGGAUCCUCGCUACAUGGCCACCAUCAUCAUGGACAGCGCCAAGGUCGUCGUUCUCGACAUCCGUUUUCCCACACUCCCUGUUGUCGAGCUUCAGAGACACCACGCCAGCAUAAAUGCCAUCGCCUGGGCACCCCACAGCUCCUGCCACAUUUGCACCGCGGGUGAUGAUUCUCAGGCACUCAUUUGGGACCUCUCUUCCAUGGGAAGCACCUCGAUCUCGUCUGGAGGGAAGCAGCAGCAGCCUGCGGCUGAGGGGGGGCUCGAUCCCAUCCUUGCUUAUACUGCAGGAGCUGAGAUAGAGCAGCUCCAAUGGUCCUCCUCGCAGCCAGAUUGGGUCGCCAUUGCUUUUUCCACUAAACUGCAGAUACUCAGGGUUUGAUGUUGUUCAUUUUAUGAUCUUAGUUUUAUUUCCACCAACCAAUCUACCACUCCACAGUUUUUGUUCUUCGUAUCAUGUUGUGCAUGCUGAAUUGGAAUAUUAGUAUGGGAAAUGGGAGCAACUGAAAGUAGUUUCUCUGUAUAAUGUUUCCAGAAUCUCCCCUUGCUAUAUAUUGAGGGCUCACGCCUAUAUUUCUUGUUUAUUAAAAUCAUAACAUGAAUUGUGGUUAGUUCACUUUGUUGGAAAAC